AUGUCUACAUUCGAUUUUAUUAUUGUCGGAAGUGGUCCAGCUGGAAGUGCCCUCGCCGCUCAGCUUGCCAACUCGACCGGAAAGCCUCAAGUUCUCCUCCUGGAAGCAGGUGAAAAUAAAGAAGAUAAGAAUCUUCGCGUGGAUGGGCAGCGAUGGAUCACUUUCCAGAACCAAUCCAUGAACUGGGGCUUUAAGACUACUCCACAGGAAAAUUGCAAUAACCGCGAGAUUGACUAUAGCCGCGGCCGUUGUAUGGGUGGAUCAAGCGCCAUCAACUUUGGCGUUUACAGUGUCGGCGCGCGCGAUGACUAUCAGGAAUGGGCGCGCAUUGUUGGCGAUGAGGACUUUGGGUGGCAGAAUAUCCAGAGGAGAUUAAAGGAUCUCGAAACCUUUCACGGAGAGAUCCCGAAGGGCAUGGACAAGAAAUACGCCGACCCAAAGGUUGAUGACCACGGCAGUCAAGGCCCACUUCACGUUGGCUUCGCGCGGGAAUGGGAAAGAGACUUGCCAGAACUAUUGGAUGUUUUCGAGCAAGCUGGAUUCCCCUGA